GAGUCCCGUGACAUUGAGGGCCCACGGCGAGUGGAAGAGGUCACCGUGGCGGGUGCAAGCGUUCGGGAGACCACCACCAAGGUGGUCACCACUGUGAAGGAGCAGGUUUGGGGCUUCAGUGUCAGCUACCAGCUCGUUGCAUUUCGUGGCGUAGGAGCUUCAGAAGAAGACCGCAUGGUUUUCAGGAGUCGCAGUGGGAGAGUGGAGAUCAAGACUCAGACGAAGCAGUCACCCUUCCCAGAGGUCAAGACGCACAAGUUGGAUCCCGUGAACAUCAGCUGGAUGCUCCGUUCGCUGAGAGAGGAUGCUACCCGUUGGGCUACCUUCACCAUCUGCCGUGAGGAUGCCAAGUGCCGGACGCCCACGCGCAACCCCGAGGUGCAAGCAGCACAGAAGCAUUUCCAACAGUUCCAGAUUUGGGCGCGAAGUCUCCUUCACUACAUGAAAGAGAUGUGUGGCAAAGUCGACACGACUCGCCUAGAUCUCUCGGUUCUGGACAAAGACAGCGUCUUCCAGCCAGUGUUGCCGCUCUUGGAAGAUCCAGAAACCAAGGAACUGGUGCAGGUUUCUGAGGGGGGGGAUCUCAUCGACUUAAGCCAACAAGCUGAUGGCGCACGAGGCGCCGUCCUCAGCCUAGGAGACGCCAAUCGCUUCCUGCAGGAAGAGCGUCGUUCGCUGGAAGCAAAGUUUGGAGAACUGGCCCAGGCAUUUCCACAAUCCGAGUCCGUGGUGACCGUAGCAGAAGCGCAACUGAUGGCAGCCGUCCUUCAUAGCAGCGAAGUGUGUCAGCAGUAUCACGAUGCCUUGAAGUACGUCGAAGACUUGCUGCGGAAACAGCUCAUCGCUGCCAUAGGCAAAGAGGUGACUCCCGCAGACUUCGGCGAGUACAUGACCUUCCACAGCCGCAAGCUUUUCGCCGAUGCCUUUGCGCCCCAACCCUUCUGCUUUGCCGUGCGGCGCUCCGAGCUUCACAGCCCCGAAGGCACGGUCAGCAUUGAGAAGACUGGGUCCGAGGCAGUGUCCACCAUGGUGGCCCAGACUGAGGCCUCCUGGCCCAUGGAGUUUGCGCUGAAUGCUUCCUCCAGCGUGUCCUUCGUUGGGCAGCACUACCUGCAUGCGUUCUUGUCGCAUCAGUUUUCUGGGCAGUCCAGCAGUUCAUUCUCCCUGCUCUCGCGGGCUCGCCAGUUCAGCUCCAUGAUUGUACUGGUUGGACGCGUCAUCUCGUCAACUGCCUUCGAUCCCAAGCACGCCUUCAUUGUGCAGAACAAGGACGAACUGUCCAUUCCGCUGCAGCUGUCAACAAUCCCAACACCACGCGAAUUCCGCGAUGCCAUCGAGUCCUUGUCGCCCGAGCAGCAGAAGUUCGCAAAAGCGAUCCGUUCGAUGCAAUUGGAGAGCACGCUGUUCGGCCUGGUGGUCGUCCAUAUAAAGCCACAGCUGGAGAAGGUGUUGAAUCUGCCAAGCGAUAGCCUGACGAAGGAGAUCAAGCUGACCCAAGAGCUUAUGCAGCUCUUCAUCAAGUACCAGAUUCCAAGUGAUCUCCUGUCUUUCUCAGGCGGGGCUUGUAACAGUGAGUGCGUCAACACCAGCUGCAACAGAGAUAGCCGGCGCAUUGUCGCCCAUUGUUGUCAGAACGUCGUUAUGGCGGCUCAAGCUUAUGAGGCGACUUCGACUAGGAACGGCGCGAAGCCAGUAGUCGCCACAAUGGUGGAUGUGCUUCAUGUUAUUGAGGGUAUCUUCAACAAAACGGACUACGCCGUCAUCGGGCUUUUGACCGUCCUUGUCAUUGCAGUUGUCUUCACGCCAUUGUUCAAGAUGGUGGACAGCCUUCCUGGACGAUGUGCGACACUGGGUGCUACCUUGUACUACUAUGCCAGAUGGCAGAUCGACGUGGCAAGGAUACCCAUGAAGACCGAUCAUCCCACAGAUGCAGACAAGAUUGAGUUCUUCCGCAUGACACGGAAUGCCUACUUGCUCUACUCGGGCAUCGUGCUCGCCCUCUUCAGCUUCACAGUUGCCCGGUUGCGGGGCCGCAUUGAUGAGCUUGAAGCCAAAAGUCACCGCGAUUGA